AUGAGUGAGACGAACGGCGCCCCCGAGAGAUUCGCCAUUGGUAUCUCCUUUGGCAACUCCUCCAGUUCCAUUGCCCGCAUCAACCCUGAGGGCAAGGCAGAGGUUAUCGCCAACGAAGAAGGAGACCGCCAGAUUCCUUCCGUCCUUUCGUACAUCGAUGGUGAAGAGUACCACGGUACUCAGGCCAAGGCCCAGCUUAUUCGCAACUCCAAGAACACCGUCGCAUACUUCAGAGACUACCUGGGCAAGGACUUCAAGUCGAUAGACCCUACUCCCUGCCACAACUCGGCUCACCCUCAGCAGAGCGACUCUACCGUCGCGUUCUCCAUUUGCGACUCUUCUGACGAGACCCCCAACACCGUCACUGUCUCAGAGAUUGCGACCCGCCACCUCCGCCGCCUGAAGAACUCUGCGUCCGACUACCUUGGUAGGGAAGUCAACGCCGCCGUUAUCACCGUCCCCACCGACUUCAAGGAUUCCCAGCGUGAGGCUCUGACUGCUGCUGCCAAGGCUGCUGGUCUGGAAGUUCUGCAACUCAUCCAUGAGCCUGUGGCCGCUGCCCUGGCCUAUGAUGCGAGACCCGAGGCGACUGUGACUGAUAAGCUCAUCGUGGUGGCCGAUCUGGGUGGCACUCGCUCCGACGCUGCCGUCAUUGCUUGCCGUGGUGGCAUGUACACCAUUCUUGCUACUGCUCACGACUAUGAACUGGGCGGUGCCUCAUUGGACCAGAUCAUCAUCGAUCACUUCGCCAAGGAAUUCAUCAAGAAGCACAAGACCGACCCUCGCGAGAACGCUCGUGGUCUCGCCAAGCUGAAGCUCGAGGGUGAGGCUGCCCGUAAGACGCUGAGUCUGGGCACCAAUGCCAGCCUGAGCAUUGAGAGUCUUGCCGAUGGAAUCGAUUUCAGCUCGACUGUCAACCGCACCCGCUUCGAGCUCCUCUCCAACAAGGUCUUCGCUCAGUUCACUGGCCUGAUCGAGCAGGUUGUUAAGAAGGCUGGCUUCGAUGUUCUGGACAUCGACGAGGUUAUCUUCGCUGGUGGCGCCUCUCACACCCCCAAGAUCGCCCAGCUUGCCCGCAACAUCUUCCCGGAGACGACUAAGAUCCUUGCUCCUUCUACUUUCACCGGCUCCAUCAACCCCUCCGAGCUGGCCCCUCGUGGUGCUGCCAUCCAGGCUUCCCUGAUCCAGGAGUUCGACAAGGAGGACAUCGAGCAGUCCAUUCACCCCAUGGUCACCGCCACUCCCCACCUCCAGAAGGCCAUUGGCGUCGAGUUUGCCUCGGGCGAGUCUGUCGAGUUCAAGCCUCUCCUGAACGCCGAUACUGCCCUCCCCGCCCGCCGUCUGGCUCAGUACAACGCUCCCAAGGAGGGCGGCGACGUUAUCAUCCGCGUCUGCGAGGGCGUCCGUGAGAUCAAGGUCACCAAGCCGGAGCCUAAGCCCAAGGAGGAGAAGCCCAAGACUGAAGACGACGAGGAGGACUCCGACUUCGACUCUGAUGAGGAGGAGGAGGAGACCCGUGAAAUUGUGUGGAAGACCGAGAAGCCCGUCGCCGAGCUUGCCGUCAAGGGCGUCAAGGCCGGCAGCAAGGUCGAGUUGAUGGUUCACGUCAACGCUGACUUGGGUCUGCAGAUCACCGCCCGUGAAGUUGGUGGCCAGAGCGCCGUCCGCGGUGCUGUCCAGGCCGCUUGA